AUGGCGCGGCGGGCCGGGGGCGGCGGUGGCUGCGGUGAUGGCGGCGGGGGGGUCCCCCGGCGGCUGGUGCUGUGGCUGGCCCUGUGGGGGCUGUGGGGCGGCGGCGGUGCCCAGCCCGGCCGGGGGACUGCCAUGCCCUGGGGCUGGGGCCCGGCGGCGGCCUGCAGCCCCCGCUGCCUGCACGGUGGGCUGUGCCUCGGCAACGGCACCUGCCUCUGCUCCAAGGGCUACGAGGGCGAGCUCUGCCAGCACGCCACGUGUUAUCCAAAAUGCAAAAAUGGUGGGGAAUGUCUGAGGCCUGGAAAAUGCAGAUGUCCACCCGGUUAUGGGGGUAGAUACUGUCAUAAGGUAAGCUGUGAAGGAGGCUGUCAAAAUGGUGGGGAAUGCAUCUCUGUCAACGGGGUUGUGAAGUGCCUUUGUGCUUCUGGCUGGACAGGAUCAAGAUGCCAAGAGGCAAUUUGUCCUCAAGGUUGUCGGAAUAAUGGAGCUUGUGUGGCUCCUGGGAUUUGUAGCUGUCCAGCUGGAUGGGUUGGUGGAGCAUGUCACUUAGCUGUAUGUAAACUACCUUGUCAGCAUGGAGGAAAAUGCAUAGCUCCAAACGUGUGCAGAUGUCGACUGCCCUACUCUGGUCUACAGUGUACAAAGAAAAGGAAGGAAUGAAACAACUUCAGCAAAGAUAAGCUGCAUUUUCUUCACCAUACGGAGAUGAAGUCUGGGGGAGGGAGGAAUUAAACAUGGUAGCUAGUUGAUUUCGGAUAGCUUUUUGUCUUCAGUAUAUUAAGUGAAUGCUUUUCUGUAUGAAAGAGAAGUAUUGCUGAUUGUAACAAAGCCGUUAUAAGUAUCCAAGUGUGUUUAGUGUGUGGUGCACACUCCUGUGUGUAGUGUAUGAUUUUCUGCUGUUCUCAUUUUUCUUCGUAAGCGCAAGUAUUAUGUCUUGGUUGAUAGAGCUGACCUUUAAAUAAAAUUUACUCUUC